AUGCAGUUCUGCAGAGAGGUGUUCUGCAAGCCGUGUAGUUCCAGGGUCACAUCGCCAGAGGAGGACAUGGAAUACAAGAUGGGGAGCUGCAUUGGAAUUGCACGCAGCCAGCCAGAAGAGGGCGCGCCUGAGAAUGUUGUUCUGUUUCCACCUCAGGAAUAUCAGGAAUGUGAGAAAGACUUAUUAAAGGCUCAACCUCACGCUGAGAGUCCGACGCAAAACGGGGCGAAGAGGGACGACGGGGCGCUGCCGACCGGGCCCUCCGCCGCCCAGCAGAGUCUGCUGUCCCAGUCACUGCUGCCGGACGUCCGAGUCAUCGCCGGAGUGGAGGAGGGCGGAGGAGGAGUUGAAGACCCGGACGACAAGGAGGAGCUAGAGUUCCCCCAUGACCUGCUGCCCAGUCUAGACUUCAGCAGCGAGUUCAACAUCUGGGAGUCCUCCCUGGGGCCCCUCCCUUCUCUGGAUUCUCCUCAGCUAGAGUUUAUUACCCCAACUGAGGAUGUAGCCGCUCUCCAGCCCCUGGAAGAGAACCCACCGCUGGUGCAAACAGCAGAGAGCACUUCAGAUAUCCCAUCCGUAGCGCCAGUGAAGGAGCCAUUAGAGCAACCACAGCACAAACAACCACUACAGGAGAUCACAGAGCUUACAGAACCAACAAACAGGGAACCAGGGUUUACACAACCAGUGAAGGAGACAGCAGAGCAACUGGAACCAGUGAAGGAACCAGUGAAGGAACCAGUGAAGGAGCCAGUACAGUUUCCAGACGUAGAAGAGCCCGUGCAUGAGCUUGUUGAAAAACCCGUCGUGAGCCAAGAAGAGGAACCACUGGAGGAGCCAGUCAGGAAAACUGCAGGGAAAGUCACGGUUGAGGGUGUAGUUGAGGAGCCGCAGGAGAGUGGGCCCUCCCUUACUGAACAGCCACGGAGAGGUGACCUUACCCUACCUCUUCCCUCCGGACACCACUUCUUGCCUACCCUCCCUCCCCACCUCCAGGACACGUCAGAGUUCCCCACACCUCCUCCCACCCCACCAGAGAGGCACACUCCUGAAGCUCAGCCAACCCCACCUGCAUCCCCUCACCUUCCUUCACCUCCCCUCGACUCCCAACCUCUCCCUUCCAGUCACCAAGAGGAGAGCCCCCUCCUCGCUGCUGCACCCAGACAUCCACCUGUAAGGAGCUCAGACUCUGAUGGAGCAUUUGAGACCCCCGAGUCUACAACUCCAGUGAAAGCUGUUUCCCCUACAGAGCCUCAAAACCUGCAGCUAAUAUCUCAUGAUAAAGGUAAGGAAUUAUCCCAUGCAGAUGGUGAACCUGCGUCUGACCUGACGUCAGCUGAUCCACCCAGUCGUACUAAUUCCAUUGUUUUUGAUGAGGACAAGCCCAUAGCAGCCAGCGGCACAUACAACAUUGAUGUUCUUGCAGGAGAGUCACCAAGCUACACUCUAACUCGUUCCCUCAGCCUCCAGGGUGGAGAGCUUGACAGUCCUGGUCCAUUAGAUGGAAGUACAGCAGGAGGUUUCCGUCCACACGCAGAAUCCUUCAGCGUAGGCACUGAGAGUGCUCCAGGAACUCUCCGCAGGCCAAAGAAAGUCCGUCCUGGGUCCGUUAAGAAGAAGCCCCUCCAAAGACAGAGCUCCAACCCUGAAAGUCCACAACCCACCUCUUCCAGCAGCACGCCGGAGGUAACGAAGAAGACCAAGUCUCAAACUGCCAGUCCUGUCCAGACCCAGAAGGAGCCAGAGGGGCCUUCUGCCACCCCGAGUCCUGGAGGAAGCCUCCGCAGGACCAGGAAGACCCGUGUUGAGACGCCUCCUCCUCUCCCCGAGGAGACCAAUCACACCACCCCUGAAGAGAGCCUUCCCACCCCUGCCUUACUCCUGUGCCAGGAGGAGUCCCCUCUCCCUGUGCCUGAGUCCCCAACUGUCAAAGACGCCUCCCCAGUCCCCCCCAGUGCUUCCUACAAAUGGGACCCAGACAACUUUGAAAACAUUGACCCAUUCAAUACAGGAGGAAGUAAAAUUGCCAACUCCCCUGUGUUUGGUCGGAAGGCUCCAGUGUGUGACCCCAUAGCCACCCCACCAGAUCACCCCCCUGUUGCUGUUGAGCGGCCGCCCCAUCACAACGAACCGACUCCCCUUAAAGAGCCAUUAAGUAACCCUGAAGAACAGGCUGUCGUCACCAAGCGCCAGCCAGUAAGGUUGGAGUUUGACUAUUCUGAAGAAAGCAGUGAGGCAUCACACCAGGCCUCUCCCCCAACCAAGAAGCUGGGUAAGAAACCUGGAGCCAAGAUGCCCCUGAGGAAACCAAAGCUGGGGCUGAAGAAGGCCCCUCCUGCACCAACAGAGCAGCUGGACAAUGACCUGUCAGCGGUCCCAAAUGGAAAUGAGGAUGACAUUCCUAUUAGUAAAACAUCCUACAGCUUUGAUCCUGACGGGUGGGAUGAUCCAAACUUUAACCCCUUCUCUUCCAAGAAAGGAAUACCCAACUCUCCCAAGCUGUCCAGACCUUCCUACGGCUUUGAUCCAGAUAACUUUGAUGACUCUGUCGACCCAUUCAAAUCUUCCUUUAAAAUGGCUAGCUCUCCUCCUAAGGCCUCUGCCUCAUUUGAGUUGCCAGCCAAUGACAAUGAUAUUGACAAUGACAACAUCAGCGAACUGGAGGAUCACAAUCAGAACAAACCUGCUAAGAAGAAGAAGACUCCGAUCAAAUCGAAGUCCAAGAGUGUGUCCUCUCUAUGUUGUUUGUUUAACACUUUCAGAGUGAAGAGAUCGCCAAAGAAACCGCCAAUGUCCGAUCCAUCACAGGAGCCCACGCCUGUGGAUGAAGCCCCCUCUCUUCAUUCACAGGACGACCAUGCCACGGAUGAGGAGAAGCUGGCCUCCUCCACCAGCCACAAGUGGGCCGCUUUGCACGACAUUGAUGCAGAUUUGGCCUCUGACCAACAAGACUUCCCUAAGCCAUGCGACCUGACAUCCUUUGUCAACGAAAGCAGCCUUCCUAGCCAGACUCAAGACUAUGAAAUUGAGUAUAUGGAGAAGAUCGGUUCCUCAUCACCACCCUUGUCCAUAAAGAAACCAUCUCUGUACCUGAAGUUGGACUCUGUAUCUGACAGCCUGACCAAGAACACCUGUACAAAUGGCUCCGAGCCCAGCUCCCCAUGCACAGGGAGUUUUGAGGAAAUGGAGGCACAAAUCACAGCAGGUAUGAAGACGCCAGUGCUCAGCUCUCGGCCUGGUCCUGAAGGCUCUGCUGGAGACAAGGGCAGGAAGAGGGAAAGCGAGGUACUCAGCCGAACACAGAGCACAGAGCGAGAUGAGCAGCCCCCUAGCCAGGGCCCCAUGGAGGCCAAUGCACCGGCCUUCACCAUUCCCCUGUUAGAAAGGCUAUCUGAGUGUGACGACCCUCUGCAAUACCUGGAGCCCGACCUCGCUGAGACCAACCCCACCGCCUUCGCCCAAAAACUACAGGAGGAGUUGGUGCUUGCUGCCAUGAGGAUAGAGGCUCUGCAGGUAGCCAAAAACAUCUCUCAGUGCCCUUCCCUCUCCACUGUAACUCCCCAGCAUAGAGAAUUGUCAUCGCCAGUGGAGAGCGUCGUAUCCAAGAGCUCCCUCUACACCAGGACCUCCACCGGCUACAGCGAGGUUGAGAGCCCCUACCUCCCCAGAGAACUGGACCACUCCCUGGGAAUAGCACGAGAGGAGAUUGUGACCAAAGAGAAGGAGGUGCUGGAGUGGCAGAGGAAGUAUGACGACAGCCGACAGGAAGUGGUGGAAAUGAGGAGAAUUGUUGCUGAGUAUGAGAAGACUAUUGCACAGAUGAUAGAGGAUGAGCAGAAGGAGAAGUCUCUCUCCCACCACACCAUCCAGCAGCUAAUAAUAGAGAAGGACCAGGCUCUGGCAGACCUCAAUUCAGUAGAGAAGUCUCUGGCUGAUCUCUUCCGGCGCUAUGAGAAAAUGAAAGACGUGCUGGAGGGCUUUCGUAAGAAUGAAGAGGUUCUGAAGAAGUGUGCUCAGGAAUAUCUCUCCAGGGUACGCAAGGAGGAGCAGCGUUAUCAGGCCCUGAAGAUUCACGCAGAGGAGAAGCUAGACAAGGCCAAUAUGGACAUAGCUCAGGUGCGGGUCAAGGCCAAGCAGGAGCAGGCGGCUUAUCAGGCCAGUUUGAGGAAGGAGCAGAUGAAGGUGGACUCUCUGGAGCGCACUUUGGAGCAGAAGAACAAGGAAAUCGAGGAGCUGACGAAGAUCUGUGACGAGCUCAUCGCCAAGAUGGGGAAGAGUUAGCAGCAGCAGCAGCAGCAGCGCCACCCGGUCCACCCCCCCC